AUGGAAGAGCUAGUGAGCUGGGCCAGAUCCCACGGGGCCGCCCUCCACCCGUCAGUCGAGGUCUACAACGACCCCAGCACCGGCAAUUCCUUCCGCGUCUCCCCCGACGGCGCCGGCGUCAAUCCGGGCGAGACCAUCGUCACCUGCCCCCUGAACCUGACGCUGUCCUAUCUCAACGCCACCAUCACACCCAGCCCAGGCUUCCAUCACGACGACACCACCACGACCAACUCUUCCAGCCCCUUUCCUCCCUCAUUCCUCAACUCCGUCCCGCCGCAUGUCAUUGGCCGCUUCUUCCUCAUCCAACAAUACCUCCUCGGCAAAGAGUCAUUCUGGCACCCCUACAUCAGGACCCUCCCACAGCCACAGCACCUCCAGUCCUGGAUCCUGCCGCCGCUCUGGCCAUCCGACGACGUCGAGCUGCUCGAGGACACCAACGUCCACGUCGCCAUCGCCGAGAUCAAGACCCGUCUGAAAGCCGAGUUCAAGCACGCCAUCGCCGCCUUCGGCGACGACCCCACGCGCCACGACUACACACGCCUCCUCUACAAUUGGGCCUACUGCAUCUUUACCAGCCGCAGCUUCCGCCCGUCCCUCGUCAUCCCCGCCGCGUGCCAGAAGACGCUCUCGCUGCCCGAGGGAUGCGCCGUCGACGACUUUUCCCUGCUGCUGCCCCUCUUCGAUGUCGGGAACCACGCGCCCACGGCUAGAAUCGCCUGGGACGCCGACGGAGAAGCUAACAAGUGCGCCCUGCGCACCUUGGACGCCUACGCGCCCGGGGCCCAGGUGUUUAACAACUACGGCACGACCAAGACCAACGCCGAGCUGAUGCUCGCGUACGGCUUCCGGGUUCCCGAGUCGGCGGAUCUGCACAAUGACUACGUCCACGUCCAGAGGCGGGGUGCGAAACCCGCAGCGGAAGAGAGCGCCGGUGCCGCCAAGGCCAGGGAUUAUCUCAUCUCCCUUCGGCCUGUCGCCGACCCGAGCUCUGUGGCGGCGAGGUCUGGGCGGAUGCUCGGCGACGUCGACGCAGAAAGGAUCCUGCCGCCGUUUCGGCAUGUGCAGGAUACCAUGGUCUGGGAGCUGGUCCUCGCGCAGACGACCGCCGAGCAGCGGGAGGAGAUGCUCUCUGUCCCCGAGGGUGUUGAUGCGGAUCUGGAGCGGCUGCGGAAGGUGUUGACGGGGGAUGUCGCGCCGGCGUUCCAGCCGGUCCUGUUCCAGACCGUCGCCAUCAUCCAGAACAAGGUCCUUCAGGAACUCGAGCGGCUGGAUCAGUCCGAGUUCGAGAUGGAGGAAGCCGAGGCGACGCGGAAUCAGCUCAUGGCGUAUCACUACCGGAGACAGUGCAGGAAGGUUCUGAUGAACGUGCUCGAGUCCAUGGAGAUGCCUGACGAGUCCACGUAG